AUGAGUUUAGACACACUCUUUCAACAAAUCCUUAUAUCUGAACAACAAUUAACUGAACAGACACAAAAAAUUAAAGAAGUCAAAGUAGCCAUCAUCAGAUGCAAUGAGAAGAUCAAGAAUGCCACUGAAAUGUAUGAAAAGACCAAUGAGGAACUUGAUAAAAAGGCUCAGGAGCUGUCUGCGAUGAUGCUGCAGCGUGACCUGAUGAAGAAAUGUGAAGACCAGAUGUUGAAGCAAAUUGAGGAACUGCUCUGCCAGAAGAGCCACCUCAGGGAACGUCUAGCCAAGAUAAAGAGCGAGUCUAAAGAAGAAGCGGAAAACUUCCUUCAAGAGAUCUCGACAUUCAACAGUGACUUCAGUCUUCGAGGGAACAGAGAGAUGGUGUUCGAGAGCCAAAAACACACUGAGAUCCUGGACCUGGAGUGGGAAGUGGAGUCGUUAUACAAAGAGAUGGAGCUGCUGAGCUGCAGGAACAGUCACAUGAGCUCCAUGCAGGAGGAGAAGAGGGCGCUCCACCUCGAGCUACAGGGCCUGAAUAACAUCCAGAGAGACCUGAAUCAGCAGUUGAAUGAGGCUGAGGCAGUGACAGAAUCUCUGCGAGUGGAGCGCCUGUUUGUCAGUCAGAAGCCUCUCACUGACAGCACCUGUCUGAGGCUGAGGAAGGAGCUGGAGAUGCAUAAAGAAGGAGAGCUUGAGCUUCUGAGAGAGGCGCUCGGCUCGGAAAUACAGUUCCUCAAGUCGAAGCUGGACAGCAGCCAGGAAAGUGAGCGGCAUUAG